AUGCACAAAGCCCGAAAUCGUUAUACCAAACUACCCGAAGGGUAUAAUAACAAAUUAGAAGCUGCCCUCGAAGGCAGGAUACGAGCGGUGACGACCAAGGAUCCGAGCAUUGCCCGUACGACUCAGACUUUACGGGCUCUGAUCCGGGACCGCGGAGUCGAACCACAUACCCGUCACUACCAGGCUUUGAUAUUUGCCAACUGCGAUAAUGAGCUGGGAUCACCGGAGAUGGUACAACAUCUGCUGCAGGAAAUGGAGGAGAAUGGCAUUACGGCGGACUCGCGAACGCUUCAUGCUGCUUUGAAGGCUCUUGCUGUGCAUCCAGACUACCUUUUACGCCAGGAUGUCCUUCGUAUGCUUCGAGAUCGGUGGCUGACUGUCAGUCCCGACGGAUGGCAUUUCAUGGUUGCAGGUCUUCUUCGGGAGCAUCAAUUCGAGUUGGCGCUAGAUCAAAUCUCACUAAUGGAGCGGAAAGGAAUGCAAGUGGAGAACUGGCUGCAUAGUAUGGUUGUUUACCAGCUAUGCGACUUUCAAGAACUUGAUGAGGUAUACCGCCUAAUGCAAGCCCGUGUUGUGCAGGGUCAUGACAUGACGACCGAGCUUUGGGCCCAUGUGUUGAAAACGGCCAGUAAAGCUCUCCACUAUGAUUUGACCCGCUUUGUCUGGCAAAGACAAGUUGACCUGGGUUAUCUGGAGCCGUCCCAAGACGUUUGCCGCAAUGCUUUGGCUGUUGCAUCGGACGCCGAUGACAUUGACUUGGCUCUUGCUAUCUUCCGCUUCUGUGAUAACCGUGGCUUUCCCUUGAAGGCCCAAGAUUAUCAUGUUCUCAUGGAGAUAUACUUGCAUUCUGGGGAUCUUGUCGCCACAUUUAGGCUGCUCUGUACGAUGCACGACCUCGGACUUGCCCCUCUGGAGCGCUCGACCGAGUCCGUGGUCUCCCACAUGAUCAAGCAUAAUACCGAUCCCCGUGAAGCGUGGCAGAUGCUCAAACACCUGAAGAACGAUAAGCGAGAGAUUCCUAUCGGCUGCGUCCGUAUCAUUGCCGAGCUCUGUGAGCACUUGGCCCAUGAUGACCCGUCAGUGGUCGAUGACGCAGUGGGCUUCUACAAAGAACUCUAUACUGUGUGCCCCGAGGGCGCCGACGUUCGCGUCUAUAACAGCUUGAUUCGGAUGUGCCGGCAUGGCCAGAACCGACAGUCAGGUCUCUUCCUCGUGAAAGAGAUGGCGUCCUUUGGCGUUAUCCCGGACGCCACUACCUUUGAAUCGCUCAUCUUGAUGUGUCUCGAUGCUCGCAACUACCAAUCGGCAUACAUGUACCUCCGAGACCUGCUGGAUCGGGGCGAUGAAGUCAGCGAUGGAACUCGAAAGCAGAUCCGCGAUAUUUGUUCCCAAUCCGUGCACGAGUUUGCAGUGCGACUCCAACAUCACCCAGCGGUACAAGCCGUGGAGCGUCCUGCCCUGCCGGACCACAUUGUAGAUGAAGAGACCCUGGACAAGUCUAGCAAUAAAGCAGAUGAGACCGGACAUCGUCGCUAUGGUCGACCUUGGGUGCGGGCCGCGUAUCGGCGGCAAACGCUCUCGGACGAAGAUCGCAUCGCCUGGAAUAAGAAGCGGCGACAAAACAAGCGACGACACCAGGCGAUUGCGCGAAAGGCCGAGGCCGAGGCUGAAGCUUAG